AUGACCAACGCGAGCGCGCGCGUUUCCAAACGUUUCUGGGGCGGUUCGGGCUCGGUGGCUGGCAGCACAGUCCAGCCGUGGUGGCUCAGGAAGAAAUGCGUUCGGAGGAGCGUCUGCCCCAGGGGGCCAACCCAGCUGAGGGUCAAAGUACAUGUCAGGUACCUCUGGGCCCCGGGCGGCCCAAUCAGCGCUGUGGGAAAGAAGAGCGGGGGUGUUGAUUGGCUGGCGCGACAGAAAAUCCGGCAGCCGACCAGGCGUCGAGACCCUUUUUGGGGCAAGGGCCACAGGUACCUGGGUACACGCUUGGCGCAGCCGAUGGAUGCGUGCAGCGCUGGGGUCAAUCGCUUCGCUGCGGCGCUGGUGUUAUUGAUGCAUGAAAAUCAGGACGACCGCUCUCUAUUGCCUUGUCGCAUCGCCACCGACGCCGACGACGCUGUCCCGGCCGGCCAUUUGCUGUCGACUGUCUCUGCCGUGUCUGAUUCUGAGCCUUCUUUUCUUGUCCUUCCUCUCCCCCGCGUGGCUCCGUGUCCGUCGUCGUUGCGGACCAGGCGCCCGAGGCUGCAGAGUCUUGUUGUCGGAAGCGGAAGCAGGCUAGGGGUUGGCUUUUUCCACGCCCGUCUGUCGCUCCGCUCACCCUUUCUUCACUCCAUUCUCGCUUUGAGCACGCCGGCGGUGGCGGCAGGACAAGAAGCACCACCAGCCGCGAUAGUCGCUGCGGACCCGUGCCCUCGUCACUGUGAUCAGCCCAGCCCAGCCCAGCCCAGGCCGAGCUGCCCGCCUGUCACACCCCAUCUCUCUCACAUAUCAUUCCUCACAUUCUCGCUUGCUCUUGCCGCCGCACCUCCGAAUGGCAUUAUGAGCGACACCAACGGUCACCACACCGGCAGCCCGGCCAAAGGCAGAGGCCGCGGCCGGGGUCGGGGAGGCUACGGUCGAGCUGCUGUCGCCAGGGCUGCCGCCCGCAAGGCCGCGGCUGCCAACGCCCAGCUGAGCCUCAAGCCCACCGACGGCUCCCACCGCACCCAGGCUGUUGAGGAGAGGGUCAAGGAGCUGAGGAAUGCCUUCGCCGCCGUCUCCAACGCCGUCAGGCCCGCUCUGGAGGAGCUCGCCGACCGCAACGUCGACCUGCUCCGGGACCAAUUCAAUGCCCACACAGAGGUCACCGCCUUCAAGCAGAUUCGCAAGUUCCUUGAUACCCGCUCAAAGGACGCUCUAGGCCUAGUAAGCCGUCGGUAUGAGGCCGAUACCUCGCAGGCCAAGAGGACCUACGAGGUCCAGUGCAUCUUCACCCAGCUGGACUACCAGAGGAAAUUCGACGAGGCCACUGAGGAGUUUUACGACGCCCAACUGCGUCGCCUCGACAUUCUAGAGCACAUGAGAAAUCACAGGCUCCCCGUCGAUCUUGAGGAGGAUGCCUACAAUUUCCUCGAGGUCUCCCAGGAGAGGCUCGACUGGCAAAAGGCACACGUGGAGAUGGCAAACGGCGUCGAGGUGCCAUGCGCCAAGAUCAUCCAAGCCCCUCACGUGGUCCGCAUCGAAGAGGCUCGCAAGGAGCAGCUGGCAUCCCUGCACUCGGCGCAACCUUCUCCCGCAAAGCGCAAGGCUGAUGCCGAGCUCACCGGCCAGGGCCCACCCAAGCGCCCGGCUAGUGCCCUGGGCACCGAGGCCCGGCCCUCGUAUAUUCCUCGCCAUAUCGGAGGUCUGCUCUCUGCCAACGCUGUCGAUGACAACGAGACGCCGAGCCGUGCGCCGAGCCCGGUGGGCUCCAAGCUCCCGUCCCCAUCGCCCGAAAUGGCGCUCAAGACGUCUGCCGAUGGCGAGCUGUCGUACCUCCCUGCGGCAGCGUCCGACCCGGAUGAGCACGGCGUUCGGCUGAUCAGCAGGAGACGGCCCGCCACGGUGGAGAACUAUAACCGCCUCAUGCUGCCGUGUCUGUUCGAGUACGAGGACCACGAAAUAGGCUUCCGCGACUCUUUCAACGACCGGACCCGUUACAAGUCAACCCGGCUACCGCAGUUCUUCAACCAGCCCAACUCGUUUGCCUUCUUUGUCGAUCGCAUGAUCAGCAGCGUCGACAUCGGCAACUACGAGGAUGGCGAUCUGAGCGACGAGCUGAUCCAGAAGCACGGGCUGCACCCAAAGUAUGGGCUCUUUCUCAAGACAUCCCGGAACGACGCAGAGCCCCCCCUACCCAAGGCAUCAGGAGAUCGGCCCACAGUAUUCAUCGCCCCCACUGGCGAGACUCUCCACGCAUCCAGGACCAUUUCCCGAAGCAGGCUCGAUGCCCACAACGAGGAUAGAGAGCUCAAGUCGGUUCUCGCGAAAGCUCUCGCUACCUUCCGUGAGCGCGAGGCAUUCGCCCACCGCGAACUCUGUCCGACAGCCCUCGACAAGGAGGCACAUCGCAAUGCCAUGCUGAAGGGCCGCGACCAUCCCCUGCCGUCCCCGGCCUACCUGUCCGCUUCCAGGUCCCCGACGCCGCAGCCAGAGCAGGCUGUUGCCACACCGGAUGGCGCUCUCGACGCCGAAGACCAGGCUCGUGGAGACGAUGUGGUAGAGCCAGACGCAGAGGAUAGAACGACCUUUGAGGCUGCCAUCGCCGCUAUCCUCGACGCCGCCAACAGUGUCAACGACGAGGAGACUAAAGCUGCCGCUGCUUCCCAGCCAAGACGCACGCGAUUUGAUCCUGUGCGUGACGUUGUCAGCUCACCUGAGCCAGCGCCAGUUGCGAAAGUCUCAACACCCAAUUCCGAAGACGACUUCUCCAUGCUCUGCAUCAUGGCCGACGUCGCAUCCGAAGCACCCCGUCACGUCGAGCCAAUCGCCCUCGAGCUGGCUGAGCCCUCCGAGCACCCUAAUCCAGAGGGAGGCUUCGCUGCCGCACAUAUCGACGCCGAGCAGCAGCAAGGAUCCAUGUACCCACACAUUCCUUCUGGCCCUGCUUCUACGCUGGUUCUUCAACAACACGGCGCACCCGACGGCUACUAUGGUCACUCUAUCCCGUCGAAUUCGGCUCCGGCACCACCCCAUGCCACUGGCAUGCAAGGCCCCAUGCCUCCUCAAGAGGAGGCCUACCACCGUCGCUCCUCGGCCGAUGGGUACUACAUCGAUCCCGCCUUGGAUCCUCGCCUAUUCAGUGAGGCCCAACCCGAGCAACAGCCACAUGGACCUGACGGGUAUUCUCAGCAGCAGAACGGUAGCAGCAAUGGGGGAAACCACUUCCUCCAGACGGCCUUGAACCCAGCGUCAAAUUAUGGUGCGGCCCCCAGCGCUGCUCCCAUGCCUUCAAGCUAUUAUCAAGGAGAACCCCCCUCGGCUCAGUACCAUGAUAUCUAUUCCCCCGCGACAUCCUAUGCCCACCCACGGAGCGAAACACCUCCCUACAGGGGCACCUACAGCUCGUCCACUUUUGGUUCCCGCACAGGCACUCCUGGCCUACCCAUGUUGCGCACCGGCAGCGGUGGCCCAUUCUCACACCAACUCAUGGACGCCCAAGAGGCGACAGAACCGACCGGAGGCCCUCAGCAGGCGCCUCCUCCCCAAAACGCGAUGCACCCCAACGGCGGCAGCACAUCCUCCUAUCCCCUGCCUCCCGUUCCGCCUCCCAUUCGGCAGCACUAUCCUGGCAACGUGGAUUCGAUGCAUGACCAGAUGCCUGUGCCAAAUAAACAAGCUCCUGUUUUUGUUCAAAACUUUCUUCGCGGUAUUGGAACCGAGGAGCCCCAGCAACAGCAACAGCAGCCACCACCGCACCACGGCGGAACUCCGUUUAUGGCGCCACCAGGCAUGCACCCACCACCGCCCCCAAUGCAGCAUCAGGUACUAUACCCGCACCAGUAUGGACCGCCUGUGCCUCAGGGCCACUACCAAAUACCACCUCCGUACCCUCCGUUCCCGCCACAUGGCCACCAGCAGCAGCCCAUGAUGAUGCAGAUGGACAUGGCGUCCGCUCCGCCGCCGCGACAGGCGAGCCGAUCCAACAGCAACGGAAACAUCAUAAACAUCGCGCCGGCGCCACCUGGAGGUAGCCAUCAUGGUGUCAACGGUAAUGGCACUAAUGCCAACGGCAACAACAUGAGCAGUAACAACGCCAACAACAACAACAACAAUAACAAUAGCAAGUAUCGAAAACUGGAGCCGGCGCCGACGCCGCCUCACCGCCGCGGCGUGGGCAGCAACGGUCCGGAGCUGAGGACGGUUCAGUUCGACUACGAGACCAUCAAGGACUACGAGCCGACCGAGCCGCCGCCGCGCCACGGACCUACCACGAUCCGUGGUUGGACGUACAACAACAUCAAGAAGCCCAAGGUCUCGAACCCACCGCCGACGCCCAAGGAGUGAGCGCCAGUCAGGUCCCGGGGUGAAAGCCAUCUCUCGUCUGGAUACUAGGCCGCCUUCCGACCCUCGUGUCGGUUCGAUUUCUUUGUCUCGAGCCCGAAGCCAUGUGCGGGCCCGGACUGUAUAUGCUUUGGUUGAUUUCUUCUCUUUCCAUUAACGAAGGAACGGUCGGGAACGAUGAUACCCCUUGCGUUUUUCUCCAUCAUUGUCCAUGUUUCUUAGCCACCUUGCACGACCUUUGUACUUUAUCCCCCCCUUCCUUUACCACUGCUACCGCCUGGACGUCCGCGUGGCGAAAGACCAAUCACUCUUGUUUACUGAGGAUAAACAAGGUGCUCUUGGUUAUUUGCCUGCCGGCACUGCCUCUCCUUGGUCCUCGACCGAGGCUCUUUUUUUCUUCCUCCACUUUCUGUCAACAUUUGGAAGCGACGGCGCUCGUCACAUCAUCUUGCACCAUUCUGGACAUGCGUCACACACACACACACACACAAAAAGGGGAUUGGUCAUGUUUUCUUUGCUGAAGCAUUGGCAUCCUUCGACCGAAGGACGACCCGGGCGUCAAUUCUUGGUUGUGUUUUUACUGGCUUUGAUGGCGCCGAAAAGGAUUCUCUCUUGUUUUUUCAACCCUUUUUCUUUUCUUCUUCCGUGCGCUUGUUCUGCCCUUUCUUUUUCUCCUUCUCUCUUUACCAUCGGCAUAAGGGGCAUAAGGGACAUAACAGGACAGUCAUUGCAUAUACAUUACGAUGGCAUUUGUGGAGAAUUUCUGUCGUGUUUCCAUACACGAGACAGGCAACUGACCUUGCAACUCGGGCUCAAGUUUGUUUUUGCCUGUCUUGGACUCGACUUGCCUGUCUUGGACUCGACAUACAGAGACACAUGUCCGCCAUCUAUCAUAAUCGAAGUGUUUUUUUCACGUUCCAUCCAGGUCUUCCAGUUUAAUCUUGUUGUCUUUCCUCCCGUG